CUCAGAGUCGCAGUCAGUCGGUGUUGCCACCGGGAAUGGGCGGCUUUAAACGCUCGCUAUUUUCAGGACUGGGAACUCAAGCUGAGCUGGUCAGAGCAGACCUUCUUGCUGUGACUUUACUCUCGUAAGGUAACCCGAAACCAUACUUCAUUCAAAUUCCAAGCGAGUUUCUUCCCCUCCUCCGAGUGUCGGUGUGCUCGGACCGCAGUAGAUGAUCAACGCACAGCGGUUGGUGGCUCUCCGCCGCGGGGCUACAUGCUAGAAAUAAGCCGCCGGAGCACCGCGUCGGUUUCUGUGUGAAUACGUUGCCACUCUGUCGUCCGGGCCCCGUCUAGAAAUGCUCUAAAAAAAAAUUUAAAAAAAGUGUCGCCUUUAUUUUAUUUUGUUUUUCAUGGUGUGAAAACGCUCUGUUAAAUGUGCGUCGACAAAAGGCUAUGGAGUGAAAUCUGCGGCGGGCGCGAAGAACACAACGACCUGCAGUGGUUUCCCUGAGCUGCGUGUAAACAAAUAGAUGAUAGAGGAUACAAUGACCCUGCUAUCUCUUUUGGGUAGGAUCAUGCGUUAUUUUCUGCUCCGACCGGAGACCUUGUUCCUGCUGUGCAUCAGCCUAGCUCUCUGGAGUUACUUCUUUCACACGGACGAGGUGAAGACCAUCGUCAAGUCCAGCCGGGAUGCGGUCAAGAUGGUCAAGGGGAAAGUGGCGGAGAUGAUGCAGAACGAGCGCUUCGGCGGGCUGGACGUCCUGGACGCGGAGUUCUCCAAGACCUGGGAGUUCAAGAGCAACAAUGUGGCCGUGUACUCCAUCCAAGGCCGGCGGGAUCACAUGGAGGACAGGUUCCAGGUGCUCACCGACGUCGUGAACAAGAGCCACCCGUCCAUUUUUGGGGUUUUUGAUGGCCACGGAGGAGAGGCUGCUGCUGAAUUCGCUAAGACCCACCUGGCGGAGGCUCUGCGCAGGCAGCUACUGACCUACGAACGAGAGAGAGACCGAGACAGAGACAGAGAAAAAGACAAGGACGAAAAAAAGGAGAAAGGAGGCUCCUCCUAUCCGUCUAUCCUGGAGCAGCAGAUACUGACGUUAGACAGAGAAAUGCUGGACAAACUCUCUGCCAACUACAACGAAGCAGGCACUACUUGUCUGGUGGCUCUGCUGUCGGAUAAGGAGUUGAUAGUGGCCAACGUCGGAGACUCCCGGGGGGUUCUGUGCGAUAAAGACGGCAAUGCCAUUCCUCUGUCACAUGACCACAAACCUUACCAGCUCAAGGAACGCAAGAGGAUCAAGAAGGCCGGCGGUUUCAUCAGCUUCAACGGUUCAUGGCGCGUCCAGGGCAUCCUCGCCAUGUCCCGCUCUCUGGGCGACUAUCCGCUGAAAAACCUCAACGUGAUCGUCCCCGACCCCGACAUCAUGUCCUUUGACCUCAACAAGCUGCAGCCGGAGUUCAUGAUCCUGGCCUCGGAUGGCCUGUGGGACACCUUCAGCAACGAGGAGGCGGUCCGCUUCAUCAGGGAGCGACUGGACGAGCCACACUUCGGAGCCAAGAGCAUUGUCCUCCAGUCCUUCUACCGCGGCUGCCCCGACAACAUCACCGUCAUGGUGGUCAAGUUUAAAGGCAAGAUGGGUGAAAAAAAGUAAGGAAUUAAGCGAAGGGCAUCAGUUGGGAGGCAACUGAGUGAGAACUAUUCGCCACAGAUAUUUACAGCACUUUGCUCUUCAAACCUCACAUCAGCAUCCCCCAUGGUUUUUGUUUUUUUAAUAACAGACUGGUUAAUUUUAGGAUAGGCAUUACCUAUCGGGACGCUAAUGUGAGCAGGGUUGCUGUUUCGCGAAUUAAUAGAUUACGUUUUGUACAGCUGGGAAUUUUGAGAUUGAUUUGUCCUUUUAAAAAAGAAUUUUAAGAAGAAAUUCCAGCAGAUUUCUCUUUAUGUUAAACAAAAACAUGAACGUCUCUUUUGUUUUGCUGUCGAUUUUCUAGAGUGACGACGGCAGCAUGUUGGAGUAGCCAUUUCAGAUUCCGCUCUUUCUGUUACGUCUGUUUAUAAUGGGUUUUGGUUGAGGCAUCGCAUGUUUGAAUAAUUAUUCUUUUUGAUUUUGGAUGCUGUGCAGCUGGGAGAAUUUCUGCUCCAUUGUACUUUUGAACAGUUUUGAUGCGUAACUGUGGCAAGAAGGUGUUGUUUUAACAACUCGCAGCAGCUGAUUAGCAUGUUAGAGUUUCAAUUCCCUGAGGAGUUGAAAAAGGAGACUUCAGGCAGAGAGAGAAGGAGGAAGUUCAAACCAUCUCUUCCCUCAAUCUUAUUAGGCAAAGCUCAUAUCCCCUACUCCAACAUCUGUCUGCCCGACUUUCAAAUCAUACGGCAGUGCUUGCUAGCAAUUAAUUGCGUCAUAAAGGACAUGUUACUAUGGAAUAUAAUUUCUCCUGUCCGGAAAGUGAGCUGUUCGUUGUCAUAGAAGCUAUCAGACUUUCAUACAGCAACAGCCUUCAGUCAGAGGCCUCGUCAGAUUUGUUGCACGACUGACUGCUACUGGAGAUCCUUCCCGCCCAUAGCAUCACGAUCCACAACAGCUCUUUGGAGAAACUUGCAUAGGGCUGCACAAUUUAUAGCAAAUAUAUCACCAUCGCAAUAUGAAUGUGUGCAAUAUUCGCAUCGCAAAGGACUGUGGAGCGCAGUAAUUGACUGACACAUUAUUCAGUGUUAUAAAUGUUCAAAUAGGAGGCCAAUGAUGUUGCCCGAAUGCUAGCUCUCACAGUGAUGGAAGCACAGAUGAGAAGGACAGGAGAGAAGAAUUUAGGUAUAUAUGGAAACUGAUAUUGUCAUCGCAAUAUUUACCAACAUUCUCACUAGUGCAAAAUAUUCUAAUAUAGUGCAAAUCUAACAAAAAGAUGAACUCCCAAAAACGGACAAAAAUCAUACUUGUAAUAGUCACAUAAAGAAGUAAGGUCAGUGCAGAUUAAUUGUUAACAAGAUGGCAAAACUGCAGUAUAACUUGAGGUCUUAUUCAAGUCAUUAGUUGAAAUUUUCUUUAUUUUUCCAUAAAUAUAUCAGAGGGUUGGAAAAAAACUGCAAUGCAAGUUUUUUCCAAUAUUGUGUAGACCUAUACUUGAAUGAUACAACAUUUAAUCUCCCUUUAGGGAAGUUAAAGUGUUUUUGAAUAGAAUUGACAAAAAUAUGGCUGUCAUUUUUCCUUUGCUUAAUAUAUUUUAUAUGUUUGAUCUAUUUUUUUCUGAUUGAUCCAGCAUGACAUUUCUCUUGUCCAAUACACAUCACAUUCAUUAUUUCACAAAGUAUUAAAUAUUCUUGUCAUGAACGACAGAAAUGCUAAUGCUAUAUGACCCCUGAACCUGUACAGUAACAGAACUGACUGCUUUUAUAUCACAUUUAAUGUAUGUUGUGUAAGAAUAGAUGACUCUUUAGGUUGGGUUUCCCUGUUUUUUUAUGUAUUUUUUUGUUUGCUUUUUUAGUGCCAGGUUUCUGAUGGAUUUUCUUGUUCGCAUCUUUUAACACUGAUAUUGAUCAGCUCUGCUGCUUCAGCACAGCUCCGAUCUGUAUGAGUAAUAAUAACGUGGAACAUCAUAACCACAGUGUGUCGGAGAGGAACGAAAGGUUUCUGAGUCAGUCGUUCUUCGUACACAGUGAAUUAGUAAUGUAGUACUUCUCAUUACUGCUGACUGCUAAUUAUUUGUCCAGAAAGAUUUCCCUUCUUUUCUGACUCACAAGUACUUUAAUAAAGCCAGACAUAUGUAAAUUUGAUAAUUAUAAACACAUCUGACAAGAUAACUUCAUUAAUGUUAAGACGUGGAUAUGAGAUGGACAUGCUAGUAAAUUUUCCCAUCAUAUUUUUGUUACAUCUACAGUAAAUAGCGAUUAUGCUGUGACAGGUUAUUGCAAUGUGAUGUUUUUGGGAUACAAUUUCACCUUUUACUAAGACAAAGAUUCAAAUUUUAAGCAAGUUAAAAUUAUAUGAAUUUUUCUAUAAUUUUGGAAAAUAAGUUGUGUUAAGAUGUGGAUAAUAAGAUCUGUUGCCUUAUUAUUAUGUUCUGCCGCCAAAAGCGCUCGUCUCGUUGUUUCAUAGUUUUUAAGCAGGCGAUCGCGCCGCACACGAGGCUCGACCUUGUUGUCAUAUCUUGUAAAUCCAAACAUGGAGCAUUGAACGUCUCUGGGAGACGCAAAGUUGUAAGAUGAAUGUACAUACUGUCAAUGUGUUAAUAUCACCCAAACACGUUUACUACACAGAUUUAAAAAAGAAACGUAUGAAAGUUCACGUGUUUUCCUUAAUAAUAACAAUGAUAUUAAUGUAUCUAACAGAAUGUCUGUGGCAUUUGUACUUGUUUUUCUUGAUUUUAAUUAACUGUAAAAAAUAAAAACACACACAAUGUUAAUUUACGCUGUAAAUCAUAACGGUGAAAUUAAAGCAAUGAUUGUCAUUUUAUCUAGUUUUUUUAAAAGAAGAUCAUUUGUAGUUCAAAUUACAAACAUGAUUAGUCCUAGGAAAGUGUUGUGAAUAACUACCCCGAAAAAGUAUAAAAUGUAAUGUACAUUAUAUCCUGAAAAAGGAAUGGAAGCUCCAAUAAAAUAACAAAAAUAUAAAUAUGAU